AUGAGCACGAGCGUCGACGACACAACGGCCGACGAUCCGCGUUAUCCGGACGAUGAGAUGGAAUCGGCGCCGUGGUACAACGUCUCCACGUGCGACAACCUCAGCUCGAUCUUCAAGCAUCCGGAGGAGCGGAACACGUCGAUUCUUUUCAUCGUGCUGCACGUCGUCAUCAUCUGCGUGAACGUGUUCAGCAACUUCUGCGUGAUUGCCGUCAUCCUGCUCAACCGGCGCCUGCACCGCUCGAUGAACUUCUACAUCGUGUCGCUGUGCAUGGCCGACUUCCUCGUCGGCGUCGUGCUGCCCUGCUACAUCUUCCUCAAGUUCUUCUGCACGCGAAACGUGCCGAUGGUCUGCUUCGCUUUCCGGCUCAUGCGCUUCACGUGCGACUUCAGCGUCGUCGUCAGCGUCUACUCGAUGGUCGGCAUCGCCGCCGACCGCUACGGCGCCAUCUUGCGGCCGCUGGAGCCCGUGCAGACGCGCCACCAGGUGGCGCGACGCAUCGGUUGCAUAUGGGUGUUCGGGCUCGUCUACGGCAUCAUCUGGGGCGUGCUGCUACCCGGCGAAAAGCAUCCCGAGUACAACGACGUGAUGCGCAUGUGCGGCUUCCCGUUCGGCGACGAGCAGGUGUACAUCAACUUCGUCGACGUCGUUCUGCUCUACCUGCUGCCGCUCGGUAUCAGCCUAGUACUCUACGCGACCAUCAUCAAGCGGCUGUGGCGCGACUCGCUGCUGUGGUCAGCGAACACGUCCAACGCCGGAACCGCCUACGGUGCGUCGCUCGGACACAAGCGACGCGCGAUCAAGAUGACCAUCACGAUCUUGUGCGUGUUCGCCACGCUCUGGUUGCCCUACCACUGCCUGCAUCUGUACUUUUUAUUCGCCGACGCGUCGACCAUGUGGCGAUGGAUGUUUCCGAUUGGCAACAUACUGUUUUUCUCGAACAGUUGGAUAGACUGCUUCAUCUACGCCUACUUCAGCCAUUCAUUCCGCCGCAUUCUGCAGCGCUCGUUCAAGAUGCGGCUGCUGCGCACGCGCAGUUCGGUCGUUCUCGACGGACGCGAGAACUCGUUGACAUCGAUAAAGCAACCGGACUCGCCGCUCUCCCUAGCCUCCAUCAACCGCGGUGGCAGCCAGUGGCGUGUCGGUGGCGACGUGUUACAGCCAACCGACCUCACCUCGACAGCCAUACGCUGACGCAUGCGAUCGCGUGCGAUUUAUUCCGGCGCAGGUGUUCCUCUGAGAUCCAAGAUGACGCAGAUGUUCUUGUGAGAUCCUAGCUGACGCAGAUGUUCUUGUAAGAUCGAAGCUGACGAAGGUCUUCCUGUAAGCUCUUAUCCUACGCAGGUGUUCCUGUGAGAUCCAAGCUGACGCAAAUAAUCCUGUAAGCGAAGCAAUUAUUCCCGCAAGAUCUUAUCUGACGCAGGUAUUCUUGUAAGUUCUUAUCUGACGCAGGUGUUCCCGUAAGAUCUUAUCUGACGCAGCUGUUACUGUAAGAUCUGAUUUGAUAAAGAUGACCAUGUAAGAUAUCUCAUCUGAUGCAAGUGGUUCUGUGCACCCUACGCUGUGCGAUUGAGUGUGGAACCUUAUAUGAUAACUGAACUCAGAGAACGAAGGCAAUUAAAUAAUAUUAUGAUCUGAAUCGGACACAAUACACUGACACAGCCGAUUUUCAUUCAAGAUCUUGUCGUUAUUUGGUAAUCAUAGAGCAGGAUACAACAUACAUGGCACUACAGAUGAUCAGGUAGCUCAUUGUGUCGUAUUUGCAUAGCAUCAAGUAUAUUAUCAUUGUGUUCAUAUAACGUUGAUGUUGUACGGAUGUCAUGAUGUGUUUCUGAUGUAUGAAAUGAUAUAUGCCAGUUCAUGAAUAACAAAUAGACAGCAAUUAACCACCCGUCACGUGUAAUUUGCAUAUAUGUGCCUAGUAUUCACGUACGUAUAGUCUAUACGAUCAUUAUGAUGCAGAGAACAUUAUCAUAUGUCACGUCGAGAAAAAAAUAUACGAUCACUUAGGUUUUACAAAUCUCAUGUGGCAAAUGAGUCAUAGCGUUUUUAACGUAUUAUUGCUGUGACAAGGCCCUAGCUAUAACUCGAUCAUUGUGCCUGGUAUGGAGGGGGAGCGCUAACCGUAUGCGGUUUGUGUUCUGAAUAGUUGACAGUGGGCAGUUCACUGUUGCCGCUGCUAACGUCUGGGAGCAACUGACCCCCUGUCCCCUUCCCGUUUGCUACGGCCCCGCAUGAGAGUCUUGAAUGGAGAUGUUCAUGAUCAUAAUGUUGUUAAACUGCUACGUAACCUGUCGUUGACACGGCAUCUCUAUACGUCUAUAGUAUGAUACGUCUUUCCGUACGUCUACACAGAAAGCAACCUUGAUUCUGUGCGAAUCAAGUGCAAUGUUGUCAAACGGUCUUAAUUACGUGUUAAUUAUAAUACUACUAUAAUGCGUGUAUAAUGUGGUCAUGUCUUACUAUAUAUAGAGUUAUUUAUAUUUUUAAUUGAAUGAACCGGUCACUGGACUAAUUUUGUUUCUAUAUUAUUACAAAACCGUGUAAUAGUACGAGCCGCUAUAUUAUAAAUGAACGUAAUAUUAUUUUAAAAAUUACUGUCAUUGCACAU